UGCAAACAAAGACCUAAAGCAGGAAGUCACAGAGCUGAAGAUGUGCUGCUCUCAACCGCCAGAGGAGUGUGAAGACUUGCGAAGAGAUUUGCAGCAGUGCCAUGAUGAUGCAGACCACCAGCUGCAGGAGCUACAUCAGAAGGAUGCCAAGCUCAACCAGUUGGAGCAGGAGUUACAAAGACAGAACAGGGAGAAUAACAAACUGCAGAAUAAUAUUGACAGGCUUCAAAGGGAACUAGGUGAUAUAGAAGAAAAGACCAUCCAUACCUCAAAGAUGACCUUCGAUCCAGACACAGCGCACCCAAGAAUAGUUUUAUCUGAUGAUGAAACCGAGAUGUCCACUGCAGAUUUUAUACAAGACGUCCCCAACAAUCCAAGACGGUUUGAUGUGAUUCUGGGGGCCCUAGGUGCCACUGGCUUCUCAUCUGGCAAGCAUUACUGGGAGGUUUCAGUAGCUGGAAAGACCUGUUACCACCUUGGGAUGACCAGUGAAUCUUCUCGAAGAAAGGGAUCAAUACCCUUCAGUCCAAACAAUGAUUACUGGACUAUAGUCCUGGACAAACAGGGUCAGUACAGAGCUAUAGAGCAGAGGAGAACGGUUCCCAUUCCUACUGAGAUACAACCAGUUACCCUGGGUAUCCUGCUAGAUUACAAAAAGGGAACCAUCUCGUUUUAUGAUUCAGGGUCCAGAACUCAUAUGUAUUCUUUUGUAGGUCAGCACUUCACAGGAAAAAUUUAUCCAUUUGUCAAUUUCUGUGUAGAAGAUGGCAGCGCUCCAAAUCCAGUAGUUUUAAUUACUCCUGGAGCAACUGACUGGAUAAAAUAAGGGUCACGAGAAGUUCUGUCCGCACCCAUGUCAAAAUGUGUGACAUUUACGAGUAUGGGAAAUAAAAUAAUAACUGAAGAAUGAGUGCACAUAUUUCUGCUACUGUUGCUAUUAAAUGCUUCAGACAGUAAAACAAAUAUACCAUGCUUGCAACAUUCUCUCCCUGUCUUUAAAGCCAACCUUAAGUCUGCCUAUUCUCUUUGAUUUGAAUCAUGCUGUUAACUCUCUUG